CGUGCCCUUGGCCUCGGGCCAGGCCUUGCGGCGGGGGUGGGGGUCGAGGGUAGUUAAUCUAGGUGCUUUCCGGGCGGACUGCUUCUCGCGGGAGACUCGCAACCUGCCUUGACCUUUACCUCGCUGCCUCAAUUCCGAGGAAAAGAUGAAAGAGGAAAAGCCGGUCGUUUUGAGAAGCAGCUGAUUGCCUUGAAGGAUAGUGUAGGGGUCCAGCGCAUCUUCUCCAAUAAUACGGAAGGAAAAUUACCGGCGUCAAGGGGGACGUACUAACAGGGACCAUACCUUGAGCGCUUGUGUGCAAAGUUAUCUUUGCGGGAUAAAACGGCCCAUUUAUGCAGCUCCAGAGCAUUCCCUUCCCAACUGUCAACGGAAUCCUGAUGUGCCAGGCACUUUGAUGUUGCCUUGAGAACUUAGCGCAUGUUUUGAGCUUCUGGCAUUAUUUCUAAAUUGUACCAAUUGGAACAGAGAUCCUGGAAAAUCUGAUUAUAUUGAAGACCAUCUUAGUUUUGGGUCAAAGAGUAUGACCCAACUAGUCGUGGUUGAAACUUAAAACAAGUCCUUUUGCAGAAAGAAAACAAGUUACCUGUGAACUGUAAACAGAUAUUUCGAGUCUUAAGAGGCUAUCAUGGAGGGAUUGCCUUAAUCUUUUUGACCAAAUCUUUCCCCAAAUAUGUAAAGUAAUAACAGUUUGAAGGUAGAGGUGAAAAAAUGAGUGUUAUUUUUACUGUUCGGGAAAAUCAGUAUCUACUAGAUGAUAUAGCAUGGGCAGAUUGAACAUUUUGCUAACAUGAGAAAUUUUAGAAUGAUCCUGAUUGGUAAUAGUGAAUUCUGCUUGGACUCAGCACAGUAUUAGCAAAGAAUGAUUUUCCCUAAAACGUAGAUUCUAAUGAAUUACUUUUCAGCAACAAUUCAAACAUACUGAAAACCUUUUCAAUUCCCGAUCAACCAAUAGCUGUGAAAAACAGUGUUCAUUGUUAGUUAAAAUGCAAAACCACCCACAACUACUUCGGAGACCUUUACCUCCAAAACUCCCUAAGCUGCCUUUACCUAAGAAGAGAGUCUAUGCAGCCAAGACUGGUAAAGCUAAGCCAAAACGUGUGACGUUCACUCCAGAAGAAACCACUUCAACUGAAAGAAAGAAAACUAGUUUUCCUGAUGUUUCAAGAGAUCGAUCACAAACCCCUAUCAGUAUCCAAAAUCUCUCUCUUGAUCAUCAUGUACGAGAAAGAGUGACGACUAUUUCAAUACCAAGAAAACAUUUUAGCAGGGUCUAUUGGCACAUUCCAGACACUGCUACUGGUUGCAUAUUUUUUCCAAGCUGUCAUUCAGCCUCAAGUCGAGUUUUUGGGAAAGAAACAAGCCAAACGGAAACUUCAAGAAAAUCAAAACGAGAAGUGUCAAAAAGAAAAAAUAUUUAUGUUGAUAACAUGUUCAAAGACAUUCUGAUUCUCUCCUCAGAGUUCUCCAGACCUGCAAGUGCACCUUCCCCAGUUAUUACUCCCAAACCCAAGGAAGUUCUCUCUGAGUAUCCACCUUUAUCAAAGAAGAAAACCUUUAUUUUUAAGCAGGCUCUGAUAGAUUUAAGUGAAACAGGGCCAAGCCCUCUACCAAGAAGAGUGCCUGUUAAAACAGAAAGACAGUGGUCUGAACGUUUAAAGCAAAAUACUGCGGUGGUACUAACUAUUAGGAAUUUUCCAGGUCCCAUCGCCCUACCAACACCAAUUUUGCCAAGAAAACCUCGAAGACAGUCUUUGUUAGAAACUCAAGUAACAGAAUCCGACAAUGUGGAAAGCACGUCGAGGCAAAGCGUGUCAAACCUGACGGAAGGUAUCGUUAACAUUAAACCUAUAAAAAGAGAGGAAUCACAUGUGAUACGGGGUGAAGGUUUUAAGACUAUUAAUGCAACACGAUAUGAAACAAUAAUAGCCAUGACCAACCUAGCCAUAAUUAACUGUCAAAUACAUGGAAGAAAUGCACUUAAUCUUAAGUUCCGGCGGCUGGGAAGUCCAGCAUUGAGGGGUCAGCUGACUCGCUUCCUGGUUCGAGGUCUCUUGCUCACAGCAGACUUCUUCCUGUAUCCUCACAUGGGUUUUUUUAUUAUGACUUGUCCAGACUUAACACCGUUGGCUUCCCAACUGAUAUAUCUUAACUUAUCCUUUAAUGAGAUCAGUUAUUUUCCCACAGAAAUAUUUUGUCUUAAAAAUUUACAACUACUCUUCCUGAGAAAUAAUCCUAUCACAGAAAUCCCUUCUGAAAUCCAACAGCUUAAGUUCCUUAGAGUUUUCAGCAUCGCCUUUAAUUUGAUCACUACCCUUCCACCUGGGUUAUUUUCUUUGGCCCAUCUUGAGGAACUUGAUAUCUCCUACAAUAGUGUUGCUUCUAUCCCAAACAAAAUCCAGAAACUCAGAUUACUUGAAAAUCUGAAUGUUAACGGGACCGAUCUGACUGCUUUUCCACCUGCGAUUUUGAAGCUUAACCUGAAAAAACUCCAGUUUGAGAACACUUUCACGCAUCCUACUUUUUGGAAAGAGAAUUCUUUAAAUAGCCCCCCGUGUCUGACUCAUCUUACUUCCUUGUUCUUCUUAAAAAGUAAUCUAGACAAAUAUUACGAUGAGAUCCCAGUGGAAAUUCAAGAGCUGCUAAAAUGCCCGUCUACAUGUGAAUGGUGUCACGGUCCCAAGUUUGGUGAAGGUUUUCGAGUCAUCCGAUCCUGUGAUAUUUUUGGAGCAACACAGCUUCCUGUUUUGUACCAUGUCUGUUCUUCCUCCUGCUACAGAAAAGUAAAGGAAAGCAGUUUUAUGUUAAAGAAUGAUCCCAGUAAAAGAAGAGCUCUAAAUUCUGAGUUGAUAAGUCAUACAAUGACUUAGGAGUCCCACUUUAAAAGCGAUUAAAGUUUGUGUAUAUGGUAAUUCCUGUCUUUGAGAGUACAGGUUUCUGUCUCCUGUGACGCCUCUUUGUAACCCCAGCUCCUUAAGGAACUUUGUGAUUGUGAGGGAAUUGUUGCAGAAUAAUUACUUUAGGAAGAUUAGUAAAAGGUCUUUGGAUUUCAAUGAAGAUCUAGAAAACUAUUGCAUGUUGGGCGUAAAAUGAGAACUGACAGAAUCCUUCGCAAAAAAAAAAACAAUUUAUCUUACAGCUGGCUUUUUUGGGCAUCCAUUCCAAGUGAUAAGAUAACAUUUCAAGGUCAACCAGUGGCAUUUGUGCCUCCUCUGGGUUCAAAGCCACGUACCCAAGUUCUCUUUGUGAAUGCUGUUCGUGAAUUUUUGUGGAAAUCUGCCCAGUGCCAACCAUCUCCAUUGUGGAUUGUUUUCGGUAAUAAAAGAUUUAUUCCAGUCCUA